ACAGGACUUGAAAGACUCAGCUGUUGUUAACAAGACAACUACUGAAACAUGGUGGAUUACUAUGAAGUUCUGGGAGUGCAGAAGCAUGCCUCAGCAGAAGAUAUUAAAAAAGCGUACCGUAAAUUGGCAUUAAAAUGGCAUCCUGAUAAAAAUCCAGACAAUAAAGAAGAAGCAGAACAGCAAUUUAAACAAGUAGCAGAGGCUUAUGAAGUUUUGUCAGAUGCUAAAAAACGUGACAUCUAUGACAGAUAUGGAAAAGAAGGUUUAAUAAAUGGAGGUGGAGGUGGAAAUCAUCAUGAUAAUCCGUUUGGAUUUGGAUUUACAUUCCGUAACCCAGAAGAUGUCUUUAGGGAGUUUUUUGAUGGAAGGGACCCCUUUUCUUUUGACUUCUUUGAAGACCCUUUUGAGGACUUCUUCGGGGGCAGGCGGGGUCCAAGGGGAAACAGAAGCAGAGGUGGUGGAUCAUUUUUCUCUGCCUUUGGUGGAUUCCCUGCUUUUGGAAGUGGUUUUUCUUCAUUUGACACAGGCUUUACUUCAUUUGGUUCUUUGGGACAUGGAGGCCUUACUUCAUUCUCCUCUACGUCAUUUGGUGGCAGUGGGAUGGGUAACUUCAAAUCGGUAUCAACUUCAACUAAAAUAGUUAAUGGCAGAAAAAUUACUACAAAGAGAAUUGUUGAGAAUGGACAAGAGAGAGUAGAAGUUGAAGAAGAUGGCCAGUUAAGGUCGCUAACAAUAAAUGGUGAGGCAGAUGAAGAAGCCUUUGCUGAGGAGUGCAGACGGAGAGGACAACAUGCCCUGCCUUUCCAGCCGACCAACCCUCGCCUGCUGAAGUCUCACAAGCCUGCCAGUUCCCCCAGAUAUACCUAUCAUUAUAAUAGUGAUGAGGUGGAAGAACAAGAUAGAAGCCGGGUUACAAGCAGCUUGGAGACCCCUUUUUAUUUAUCAGGUGUGCACAAGCAUGUUGAUGAGAAAUGUGCAGAAAAGGAUCCAUCAGCUAGUAAAAAUCCCAAACCAAAAAGCCAAGCAAGAGGUUGUUGCUGUGUGUUGACUUAAUGUUAGCUCCCUGGUAGAUAAUAAAUGGCAGCUUGUGUGCCUUCAUCCUGUAUUAGCUCUGCUCUUCAAUUUAGUCUAGAUUCAUAAAUGCCCUGGGAUAUUCAAGGAUCCAGGGCAAAUAUUGUUAUGCUGCUGAAGUGCCUGUGCUCUUUGUUCUUAAAAGUGAAGGCCUCUUAGAGAUUAACUAAUCACAAUACUUUGCACAUUCAUUUACUUAAAUUAUGCUUGGCUUCCUUGUCAAAGAAGAGGUUCAAGCAGCUUCAUACUAUUUCUGGAAACUGCAAUUUUAGGCUCCUAAAUCCUAAUAGAGAAGUCUGAGACUGUUCAGAUGAAUAUGGAAGUGCAGCAACUGUCCCAGUUAUUUUUGGAAAUAAUUAGUCCUUUGAUAUAUUUCCUGUCUGUAAUGUUUUGGCAAUAUAGUCCAGAGGCUAUCUUGGACAACAAAGUCCUCAUAACUACUUGAUUUAAUUUGAACCUGUGGUCAAAGAUCAUCCAAGACUGACAGGACAGGUUUUUCUGAAACGUGAAGAUGUCUUUCUACUUGGAUGCCCAGACCAAGGGCCCUUUUCAGUAGUGCUGAAUUAGGUGAAGUUCUGAGAAGUGUGAACAUGCAAGGUGCCUCAGGGUAAACAUAGUGUAUGAAAAAUAUGUACUGUACCCCAAAACACGUACUCACGUACUCCCAGUGCUAUACCAACUUCUGCUGCGUUUAUGAGCCUUUAAAUCUAACACUGUUGUCUGUAGGGAAAACCUAAAAAUAUCGUGUGGGAUGACAGUUUGAAAAAAUGGAAACAUUCAGAUAAAUGUCUUCUUGAUCAGUUAGUUGCUGGAAGUUUUGUGUCUUUAAGAAUGGAUAAGUUGAAUCUUUUCUUAAAAAAAAAAAAAAAAAAAAAAAGUUUAAAAUUUCUCUACAGAAGCCUGAAUGUAACCUCUGGGCUGAUGUCCUGAAAUCACCUAUGCAAGGGUUACAGGUUUUGUCUCCUAUGUCUGUAACUGGCAAAACAAAACCCUGGCUCUGCAUUUGGAGUUCUUGAGGUUCUCUGUAAUCAUAAUAAUACUUUGUAGUGGUUUCCAGAGAGCAUAUGAGUUUGACACGCACCUUGCAAUUUUUGGAGCAAUUUUUAAGAUUGUUUAGGACUUUUUGCUGUGAAUCUACUUAUGCUCCAAGACGCACAAGUUUUCAAUUAAAAUGAAUUUCCAGAAGUAUUAGUGCAAUCACAAAAUCCUCUCUUCUACCAGUAGAUUGUGAGUUGCCAUAAAAGAUUCAGGGUGAAAACUUGAUUGCAGGAACACUUAAGAUUUUACUGUUGCUUUAAAUAUUUUUGCGUACUGUUCCUCUGAUGGACAGGGCUGCUGAAGAACUGGUCGAGUCGGUCAUAAAAACCUACGUGAGUGUCUUAAUCCCUCCCUGGGAAGCGUGCACGAGCCCUGGCCAAUAACGCCAUUGUCCUUCAUGGGUGUUCACCUCUGCCAACAGCCCUGGCCCAGCAAGCAGGCUUCGCCAGUGCAGCUCUGUAAUUAUAUAGACCACUUACAUGCUCCCACUUGGCUUCUCAUUGAUCACUGCAACAGCUGCCGUGCUUACACGGGCCAGCGUUGGGAAAGAAUAGCAUCUUUUUCUGCCUUGGUCCAAAGCCCACUUGAUUUGGUGGAAAAUAGUUAAGGUCACUGGCCUCAAACCGGGCACUGUUCCACCUUGAAUCAGACAUGUUUGCUACUGCUGGCGUGUGGCCCUUGGCAGCAAGACUGCACGGCAGUUUUAGACAUUGUCCCAGUUAGAGCACCUCAAGCAAAUCCUCAGGUGUUAAUGAUUCACCUGCAGUGAAGUGGCUUUCUUUUCGUACUGCUAAGGGUGGGAAUGUUUUAAUUUUAAAGUCUGUAGCAAACUAAAAUGAAGGAAAAGGAGAUAGGUUUCGUCUUGACUACGUGGUGGGAAUCCCUCUGGAUGUGGCCAUCUCUCCCUAGCACCCAAGGAGAAAGGCUGGCCAACUCAUUUAGACUGGCAAGCAGUAUCAGAGGUGAGAUGAAUCCUCUCAGUAGUCAGGAUUUCCAGGCAUUACAGUGAGUAAUUAAUAAAAAAUUUAGAGUUUAAUUUGAUUCUCCGUCAAACAUUGACACUUCUAAUCACUCUGAGUUUCAUACUAUUCCUGAUUUUGUAAUGGCCUUUUAGAAUAAAACUUCACGUCUUGUGCUCUGAAGUGAUUGCAUAUCUCAAACAGUUCUCUAGCUCCAAACAAGUAACUUUUAAAUAAGAAUUCCGAUACUGUAAGUAAUGUGCUCCCCGAUCAUAUGAUGUAUGGCUGACUGGUGGUAUCCAGGCUGUGUCAAAGUGGUAUUAAUGCCAGCAGAGACCUGGGGGUUGCAGCCGUUAAUGGUAGAUGUGUAGUGGUAAACUACCCCUAAAAACCUACUUCUCUGGAUUUGAGAGUGCUGACCUUUAUCUAACAAGAAUGAUUGAAAUGUUUAAUUGUUAAAAUAUUGGAAAGUACAUGAUACAAAAGAUUAUUUUUUGGAAGAUAAUAUUGCAAGGUUUGCUCUUCUUUUUGAAGGAAAUAGCUCGCAUUAACCUAAAUCUUACAACAUUAAUAAUUCAUUUUUGCUGCAUUUUCAUCCGCUGGCAUCCCUGAAGAGUAAGCCACUUUAAAAGAACUAGCUUAACUAAUCUUGUCCUUCUGUGGCAUGGACUCCUCUGCUGGAAAGUUGAGCUGUUUGUACUUUAUUUCAUCUUUAAUGCAGUCUCUGUUCUUUUUACCGAGAGAUGAUUUCCUGAAUUACACUUUAGUAAAAUUGAUAUGCUUGGUUGUCUGAACUAAGUAGUUUAUAAUUCCCUCGCAUACUUGUAUUUGGGCAUGUAAUGGAAUGAGAAAGGAAAGCAAAGCCACUGUUUUCUGUGGAAAUCUAAUACGCAAGGAAUGCUGGAGGUGCAAAGAUGGGAGGGAGUUCACUCUCCCUUUGCUUCACAUCCCCUGGCUGUAACUGCAUGUGAGUGGGAUGGGGUAACAGCCACACUCUUCUGCAGGCUGAGGGUGGGAAGAUUGGCUGGUGGAUUUGGAGGCUGGCUGGUUGUUCCCUGGCUUAGCCAGAGCUGCCUUCACGCAUGGUUUUUUGGCUGCUAGUACGAGAGAGCAUCCCGUUACCCGUUGGCUUCCUUUAGAAGGUGGCUGUGUUGCACGUGGAAGGGCCUCCAAGGCUGCACAGCCUUGCAAGCUUUUGCUUGCCGUGUGGGAGUAGAACCUUGGACUCUCUUCAGUAAUGGUGUUACCUUAAUUAAUAGCAGCAAGCAGGUUGUAUCUGGCUUGGUAUGUUCUUGUAGCAAUUCUAGGCAGAAUUGGUAAUGAAAAUAGUACAGUGAGCAAGCAUGAAGGAGGGCCCCAGUAAGUUGCUAAAGCUUUUCAGUCCCCUAAAACAUCAAAGUUGGAAUUACAUCACUGGGUUGGCCAGUGAAACUGGAAAACUCGCCCCUUGGAUUUAACAGUGCAGAUAAUUAAAUAGUGGAGCAGCAUACCUAGAUGGGGUGGGAUGUUUUGUCACCUCAGGUCUUUAUGUAAAGGCGGGUUCUCUCUCUGCAGUGCUCGGUGGUAUGGGCAGGAGCGUGGAUGCAGUGAAUUAGUAGGUCAAAUCGUGGUGUGUGUUGGGCAGUGACUUGGGCUGAAAGGAGGGAAUGUGAAAGUGUAGUGUAAAGCUGUAAUUGCAAAUUGAGUCACAUGCAUGAAAUUAUUCCAAAGCUGUGAUCUGGAGUGAAUUUUUGUAAUGGUAUAUGCAAGUGUGGUCAGUCUAAAAUAACAGGUGGUGGCUGCAACUCAGAACUAAGCUAGCUACCUUUGAGGUAGCAAUUUAUUGUUUUGACUAGAGAGAUACUUCUAAGAGCAGAAAAUUAGAAAGCGCGCUACAGAACCCAACUUGCACAUGCCCUAUUAAAGCUCUCCCUCCAUGUUGGAGCCAUGACUGCUUUCAUGGUCUGAAGGAGGGCAAAAGAAUGGCUGCAGUCUUAGCAAAAAGUUAGUAGUUCUUGAAAACUCUUUUCUCUGGGACUUCAACAGAAAGCAUGAAUCCCUCCCACUCCCAACCUCAGUGCUUCAGAGCCUUAAAGUGGAAGCAGGCCCCUCCAAAGUCUUCACCUUUGCAGAAGAUCCAUAAAAAUCAGGCCAUGACCUUUAUUACUGGCUGAUGUAGGUCGAGAAGCAGCAAUGCUGCACAUUAAUCAUCAGUCAUGACUGAACACCGUGUUUCCUUCUGCUGACUCCUGUGCUCUUCUGUGCUGACAGAAGGAAGGUGAAGCAGACCUGUGGCUGCUCUCUGCAGCCUGGUAGAACAGACAGAUGUCAGGCAAGGCAGGAAGAAGUAGGAUACCACAAAUGGGCUGGGUAGGAGUGUUUUCCCCAGGACGCUUGUCCCUUUGGAUCGAUCACUCAAUAUGCACACCUCCCUUUCAGCUGCUGCCCAAGAAUGUGAUGAGUUUCAUAGUCAGCGACUGAACAAACCUGUGCCUUUGGGAGGUGCAGAAGGCAGAGAAGUAGAAAGCCAGAAGGAAAGUGAAUCUGGGACACAGCAAAGAGGCUUCCCAAUUUGUUUUGGUCCCUGCUGUCUGGUUGAGUGAAUUGCGCCUAAGUGUUGUUGGAAGUUAGUUUCAGCUUUCAGCAGCUUUAUGAAAGCUGGAAUAGCUUCUGUGUUCUUUAUGUUUCGUUUGGAAGUAGAAGGGGACGAAAUGGGAAGAACGGGUCAGCAGAUGAUUGUUUCAGACAAAAAUUAUUCAGGUUGUAAACCAGGUGUAAUUCCAAAUGGUGUGGAUUCUUGCUUCGUCCAUUUCUGCUUCUGGCAGCUGACAAAAGCAAGAACAUACCAAGUUAGGGUGAUAGCUAUCUGCAUUUGAGUGAAUCUGUUUUUCAAAUGUCAAAGCUUGGGGAAACUCUCAGCAACCUAUUCUCCCUCCAUCCUGUAAAGCAUUUCUAGAGCUUAGGCGGCUAACAAUUGCUUUUAUGGGUGGAAAUUUGCAAAGCCCUUCCAGAACUGUUUGGCUGCAGCCAGUUCAGCCAGGCACUAACUAUGGAAAGUUUCUAUGACUGCUUUGUGAUGCUGCCGACACACCAGGACACAGGUUCCCUGCAAAUGAAUCAAAUAGUAAUGGGGUUGCUGCUUUCUAAUUCGGAUUUUGUCCUCUUGUAACUUUGGGGCUAGUCUUGUAACCAAAGCAGCUAAAAUAUGUUUUUAAUUAGUGCUGGUUGAAGUAUUCGAGUGAAAUCAGCACCAAAGAGUUACAUCUUUAGUGUGCAAUUUUAAUUUUUGAUUAGGAGCUGCUUCACUUGUUUGGAUCAGGUUUUUGGCUGUUAUCACCCAGCACAGCAUCACUGGAGCUAACAGACUGGCAAAGUUUGACCUGUCUUUUUUUCUUAGCUGGAGGUAGAAAAGGAAAUGGUCAAGAGUGAAAUUAUUUAUCACAGCAGGCUUGAAACAGAAAAAGACCUGGCAGUUUUCUCUUGAGGAAUACUCUGUAUUUGUGUGUUAUCUCCUGCUUUGGCCAAUCUGUGUUUCUGUGUGUCAGUGAUAACACUUGAAGGAUUUCCACUUUUCUCCCUUAUCAUUCCAGAGGCUGGUAGGAGACCAUGUUGUCAAAUGCCUAAAUAUCUUCAUACCACAUUAGUUUAACAUUUGAGUUGUUUUAUUUAUAAGACAAUGAAUUACAUCACAUUCAUUCCAAGUAAUAAUUUACAUUGAUGCAUAGUAUUUUUAAGGAAGAGUUGCUAGAAUUGCUUUCAAAACAUUUGAAGAAAAUGGACUAUCACA